CACACACACACACACACACAACAACAGCGCAUUGGACUUUCCUGUCAGUGGAUUGUUUAGGACACGGGCUUUACACAUCCCAGUCAGUAUCUGGGCGGCUCUGAGUGGCUUUGUGACGCGAAAGGUCUUUUCCCAACUUUAAUAUACAACAACUGAAAGAAAACGCUAAAUAAAACAACAGAAAGAAUCAUGGAAGCCAAUGGAAAUGCCGGCAUAUUCGGUCUGGAGGGAGACCCGGACCUGCAGUUUUUGCUGAAAGGUGGAGACCUACUAAAGGUGAAGUCCAGGUCAUGGAGAAAGACCCGCUACUUUCGGCUGAAUGAAGACUGCAAGACUGUGUGGCAACAGACCAGCAAAACUUUCAAGAGUGACUCCAGCUUCAGUCUCGAGGACAUGGAUUCGGUGCGGUAUGGCCGUCAGACUGAAGGGCUGCAGAAGUACACUGACUCCUCAGCGGACGACCGCUGCUUCUCCAUCAUCUUCAAAGGUCGACGGAAGAAUCUGGACUUGAUCGCCUCAUCCAAAGAGGAGGCCAAGAGAUGGGUCAGCGGUCUGGAGAAGGUCAUGACUGGCAUGCACAGCCUCAACCGACAGCAGAACAGUGAACACUGGAUCUAUAAUUGCAUGCGCAAGGCAGACAAGAAUGCAGACAACAAAAUGUCCUUGAAAGAGUUGAAGCAUUUCCUACGUCAGAUCAAUAUCGAGGUGGACGACAGUUACGCUGAGAUGCUUUUCAAGAAAUGUGACACAUCAAACUCAGGCACUCUGGAGGGAUCUGAGAUUAAACACUUCUACGAUUUACUGACUUACCGUGAGGAAAUGGAUGCGAUCUAUGGGAAGUACGCUAGUACUAAUGGACAGAUGAGCUCUAGCGACCUGUUGAACUUUCUCCAGAAAGAGCAGAAGGAGCCAGUGUCUUUGGAGCAUGCAAAGAAGCUUAUUGAGAAAUAUGAGGUGGAUGAGACAGGUAAGCACACUUAAAUUACCAAAAGAAUACAUCAGAUAACUGUUACUUUUAAAGAUAUUGAUAGGAUA